UUAGGAGAUUAAGCUGGAACAGCUCUCACGGCCCAAGCAAUCUGCGGAGACUGUCCCUCGAGAAGCGUCGAAGCUGUCGGGCAAAGACAGGUCUAGUAAUGUUGCGCAGCUGGCUGAUCGUGCUCCUCUUGUGCUACUUCGCGUACGGGAACGCGGACACCGAUAUCAGGAGCAGCGAUGAAGUGACUCGAAAUGAGACGGAUCUCUCACCUCAAAAAUACGGAUCCUGCCCGCCCGGAUACUUCAACGUGAACGGAAUUUCCUUCUUGGAGUUCUACGAUUAUAAGACUGCGAAACGUACUACAUGGGACAAUCCGAAACAGAUACAGUGUGUAAACUCGACUCUCUGUACGACGUCCGGAGCCAAAAUCGAUCUGGCAACUUGCAAGAACGCAGACCGCGGCCUUUCGAGCCCGAAAUGGUUUUGCACAAUGGAUUUCUACGGCAGCGGUUUCAAGGUGGUCAGUUCGAACAUCACCUGCGAAUAUUACCGCCUGUCCAGCAUAUGCGCUCUGCAAGAUUCGUGCGUCUUCUUCUACGCUCCCAGUAGGAGCCAAUCGAGGUACGUUCUGGCUGGCUUCGGCGCUCUCGUUCUCAUCGCAAUCGCUGCUCUGGCUGUCUGCGUAUGGAUGCGGAGCCGGAAUAGCUCGAUGAACUCCGGCAGAACCACGACUACAUUCAUCUCUACACCAUCGCCUGCGUACAGCCAUGCUCAACAGUAUCCGAGCGGCCAAGUUUAUCCGGAGGGAAUGUAUCACGCACCGUCUCGGUAUCCUCCCCCACCGUACACUCAUGCUCCGUACGGUCAAGCCCCCCUCCUCAGAGCUCCGCAUCCUCAUAAUGGGCCCGAACAUCCAUAUAGCCCACCGGAGCCACCGAAAGUGGCCCCGUACUGAUUCCGAGAAAGGCCAAGGAAGGAUAUUUGACGCAGGAUGCUUGAGUGAAUCAUGAACACCGAGAAAUAUUGCAGUAGCUUCUGUCGGAGAAUGAAUGAUAUUUUGCUUGUGACUCAUUAAGACUUUCGUCAUCAUAUCCAGAUAAACCGAAAAUUCGCCGUAAA